GUAGUGCCGGUGGAGGGUCGUGGCAUCGGGUGCCAUGCCCAAGAACGGCGCCUCCCGUGUCGCUUGGUCGUGGUGACUACGAAACAAGGUCGUUCUCAGUCGUCCCGAGGGCUUAGCCAGCCUCAGGUAGUCGCGGUGACCUGGCCUAACCCGAGUGGUUAGGGUCUUGGACUCUGUGGUCAGCCGCGUGACCUCCUGCGCGAACUCGGAUGACCUAAAAUGAUUCUUCUUGAUGUUUUCGAAUUCUCUCUUCGGUCCUUGGCUAACUGAGCCUCAAAUAGAGUGGACUGACUCUGAACUGAAGGCCCGUGCGGAGUGAAAUGCACGCCUAGAUAUAAACGCAAGAGAAGACAAAGAGUUGAGAAGCAGGACUGAACUGGAGGCAAAGAAACCCCACGAGGUUUUUUUUAUUAGGGAGAGAGAGAGAGAGAAGAGAGGAAUAAAAGAGACAGAGAUUAAGAGAGAGAAGGAACACAUAGACGGGAAAAGAAUAAUAACAGACAAAAGGAAAAAGAGAUAGAGAAAGAGAAAAAAAACUAAAAACACACAUGUAUUAUGAACAUGUAAUCUCAAAAUCCCUCGACUGUCGUCCAAUUCGCGUGUACAAUCUUCCAAAAGUGUCGAACUCGAAUCAAUAACCGAGUUUUGUGAAUACGUUACAUCCUGUGUCUGUCUGUAAGCGAGCGACCGCCACUUCGAAGUCUGCAUCGACGAGAAAUCGAACUUCAAGAUUUCUCGAACUUGAAGGGUAUAUAUAUAUUUUUUUUUUUGAACGACCGCUCGCGUCAGUAGUUUCAUCCGGAAUAAAAGUUUCUCCAAGACCGCCAAAAUGCCUCAGAAACCCAGAAGAAAGAGAAAGAUGAUUGUCGUAGACGAGCGAGAGCCAGUCGGAGAGCUCCCUCCGCCUUUCCCUCCCCGGAACGUGGAGGUCAAGGAGGACGUGGACAUGCGGAAGUACUAUGACCUCAAGAAGGAGAUUGGGAGGGGGAGAUUCGGCACCGUGUACCUGGUAACGGACAAGACGACCGGGCAGAAAUUCGCCGCCAAGUUCGUCAACACGAAGCGAAACCAAGACCGAGCCAAUGUCGAGCGCGAAGUCGAGAUCAUGAAGCUUCUGAACGCUGAGCGACCGCACCCUAGACUCAUCCAGCUCUACGAUGCCUUUGACAUGGAUAAAGAGAUGUGUCUAGUGCUUGAGGUGGUGGAUGGCGGCGAACUGUUCGAACGUGUGAUCGACGACGACUUCGUCUUGACGGAGAAAGCUUGUGCCAUAUUCAUGCGUCAGGUUUGCGAGGCAGUUGAGUUUAUUCACUCGAAAAAUAUUCUACAUCUCGACAUGAAGCCCGAGAACAUCCUGUGUCUCUCUCGCGAAGGGAACCGCAUCAAGAUCUGUGACUUCGGUUUGGCGCGAAAGUACGACCCGCGCAAGAAGCUUCAGGUGCUCUUCGGGACGCCUGAGUUCGUGGCUCCGGAGGUCGUCAAUUUCGAACCUAUUAGCUUCGGAACCGACAUGUGGAGCGUCGGAGUCAUUUCUUAUGUGCUAUUAUCCGGUCUGUCACCAUUUAUGGGUCACAAUUACGUAGAGACGAUGACGAACGUGACUCACAACAAAUACGACUUUUCGGACGAAGCUUUCAACUGCGUUUCGGACGACGCCAAGGAUUUCAUCGAGAAGCUUCUGGUGUUAGAUAAAAGUUUGCGGCUGACACCAGCACAGUGCCAACGUCACCCCUGGCUGAAGGCUCCGCCCAACACCACCCUUAAGAGGAGCAUCCAGGGCGCGUCGGAGGAGGAGUCCGAGGAGGAGACGGAGACCGAGACGGAGACGGAGUCGGAGGACGAGGACCUGACGGAGGUGGUGAGCAUCGAGGAGAAGCUGGUCAAGGAGGACGAGGAGAACGAGAAGUGUCGUAGGAAGAAGCAGGAGGAGGAGGAGCAGCUUCUCAUCCAGGCGAAGAAGAAGGAGAGGGAGGAGGAGGAGAGGAGGAAGCAAGAGGAGGCCAAGAAGAAGGAGCAAGAGGAGCUGGAGAGACAAGCAGCAGCCAGGAAGCAACAAGAAGAACAAGACAGACUGAGGAAAGAAGAAAUGGAAAGGCAGGCGGAGAGAAAGAGGAAGGAGGAGGAAGAAAGAAGAGCCCAGGCGAGAAAGAAGGAAGAGGAAGAGAGACAAGCUCAAGCGAGGAAGAAAAAGGAAGAGGAAGAGAGAAAGAGGAAAGAAAAAGAAGAAGAAGAGAGAAAGAAAAGGGAGAAAGAAGAAGAAGAAAGAAAAAGACGAGAGAAAGAGGAAGCAGAGAGAAAAAGAAGGGAAAGAGAAGAAGAGGAAAGAAUAAAAAGAGAGAAGGAGGAGCAGGAGAGAAAGAAGAAGAAAGAAGAAGAGGCCAAGAAGCAAGUGAAAAGGAAGGAGGAGGAGGAGCUGGAACGGACGAAGAAGAACCUGAAAGAGUUCGUCGAGAGGUGGAACUCGCACCCAAACUCGCCCUACCUCAUCGGGACGCCCUUGACCCAGCUGCCUCCGGAGCUCCAGAGGAUCGCCCGGGAGGAAGGAUGGAGCUCGAGAGCCUCCUUCUCGUCCGUCAUCGUCGCCCCCCCUUCGCCCCCUCCAGGAGAGCUCUCGGACGACGACGAGGACGACGACGACGACCUCGAUCUUAGCAACAAAGACGAGUUCUCGCACUACACGUUCGAGCAGAGGCAGCCAUCACCGAAACGACUGGCGAGUCAGUUAGAAGUGAAACUCUCGCAGCUGAAGGAAGACAACGACGGAAGAAAAGACAAAGAUGAGGACAAAGCAGGCGUGGACAACGAAAAGAUCAAUAAGAAAGCCAGCGAAACCCUGCCAUCAGAUAAGGACGAUAACGAUAAGCUAUCAGUAUCCAAACCGGAAACGAAGAACGAAAACCUCGAAAAGGAAAGAUCUAAAACCCCUGAAAUUACGAAGAAAGAAAACGAGAAAAACAAGAAAACGGAGGAGACGCAGGAAACUGUCGUGAAAUCAAAGGACGGCGAGAAACCGGCCGGCGGUUUGCAGAAAUGUAGCAGUACCGUGUUCCUGGACGACCCUAAGAAGGCCUACCAGGAGUACCAGAAGAUGGUGAACGAAGCAAUCAAGAAGAAGCAGGAGGAGAAGAAAGCUCUUGAGGAGAGAAUCAGGGCAAGGCAAGAGGAGCUGGAGAGAGAGGCUUCUAAAGAUUAUGGCUGGAGAAAGACCAAAGACAAGAAGGACACAAUGGAGACCAAGAAGACCUCCGCCACGAACUACCUGAAGACGAAGGAGACCGCUAACGUUGCUGAUGAAAAACGUUCCCGUGGAUCGAAAUCGCCCGUGUCAGUGUACUCGAGCACGAAAGCAACAGACGAACAGCUGGAUGAUCACAAACAAGCCUACGAAGACUACAAGAGAAAGGUUAGUAAGUCGGAGAAAGAUGCCAAGAAGAACGAAGACGCAGGGAAAGCGAAGCCCAGAGAGCCUCUCAGACGGCCGGAAAUUAUCGCACUUCAGAAUGAGGAGCUGGGAGGAAGCACAGCCAGACAGAGGAAGAAAUCCCUCUCUCGCCUGGACACCGGGGAUUCCCUUUCGGAUCGAAGUUCUCGUGGGUCGACGCCCAAAUCACCGGGAUUGGAUGGCGCCACGUCCCCCAAGUAUGACUUCGAUCUGGAAGCUAGUCGGUCCAGGAGCUCAACGCCCACAAAACAGCUCAAGAAGCAGCCCUCGAGAGACGUCCCCCUCCAGGCUAAGAAUAAUGCCGAUCAGGAGGAGCGUCCGGGAACACCUGUGAGGCAGAAACCGUCGCGCGAUGUGCCGAUGCCGUACAUCACAGUGGAAGGAGAGGAUAGAUACUCCAGACCGAGAAGGGGAUCCAGGGACAUAACGCCAGACAGCCCCCUUCCACCACAUCGCAAAAUUUCUACAGAAGAACGACCGCCUUCCAGGGAGUCUCGACCUGGAACGCCACUGUCACAUCGAAGACCCUCUAGAGAUGUCAACAUCAGCAGUGGUCAGCUGGAUCGCCUUGUUCAAGCAAGUGGGUUGGACAGUCCAGAGUUAACAGCAGACCAACCGCAAAUGUGGCCUGAUCUGAUUGUAUGUCCACAAGGCCAAGAUGAUGAAGAGUGUCAGGACUACAAGGAUUCUUUGGAUGUCCCCAUUGCAACCUUGAUGAAAAGUCCAAGUGGGACACUACGUCAGGUUCCAGAAGUAACGAUUCUGCAGACAGACAAAAGCAAUACCUCAGAAAGUAAGAAUCUCGACUCUGAGGGUAAUUCUAGCGACCCAACUUAUGUUCCAAGUAACAAGCUUGUGGCCUGGAUCCUUGAUAUUGGCAACGUUCAGAAUCAGCGCCAGGCUCCCUUCUCCACCUCUGACCGUGUGUCUCAGUGGGAGGGAAAGGAACCCUCGCCCAAACCAGGUGAUAGAUCCCCAAGAGAGAAGUCGCCAAGACUCAGAACCAGAUCGCCUGUUCCAAGCGAUAAACACAGAGACAAAUCUCCCGCACAGCCUCGAACACCCUUCUUGUGUCCACUGUCACGAGAGCCUUCUUCAGUAAGUCUAAAGAGCUCAGGGUCUUCUGAGAAUGCUUGCAUCCAGACGCCCUGGGGAGAGCUCAAGCGGUCGCCCUCUCGAAGCACACUCUCGAAAUCACCGUCCUUUGAGGUUCCUUCUAACAAGGCAAAGGAUGGCACUGAUCCUGGAAAUGGAGGCUUUGAUGACCACAUGUCUGUUGGAAGUUCAACGAGAUCCCCAUCACCACGUUCGUAUUCAAAGUUCCAUAAACAAGACUCUAUGGAAAUUCCAGAGAGGAAAGACUCCCUUACUUCCCCAAGGUUAACAGGCGAACUGCCUCCAAAACCUCCAGAAAAGGCGCAGAGAAGCUCAAAAGAGGAAAACCUGAACAUCAGAAGCCAAGCCAAGAAGGACGACUGGAAGAGUGCUACUCUGCCUAGACAGGCGAAGCUAGCCAAGCAGGGAUCCACGGACAGCCUUAAGAAUUAUUCAACAGAAAAGAGGUCGUCUCUCAUGUCCGUAGAGGCAGGCAACACGGACAGCCUGAAGAGAAAGAGCAAGUUUCCUCCCUCCCCCAACCAGAAGCGGAAGUUGGGCAGUUGCCUCCUUUUCUCGGCCCAGGAUCGAAUAUCACAGUUCGAAAACAAACAGCCCUCAAGCAGGCCUCCCCAGCGGGCAAUCACUCGCACGCGCAGUAGCAUGGUGUUCACCUCAACCGCACAAGAGAAUGGGUUGGAAAACCGAUUAUCCUGUGAUGUGAACAAGAAUGCCCUCACCUCAUCCCUAAACUCGUCUUACACCCCCAGUAAGUCAUGUAAUAACACUCACGUAGAGUUUCUCAGGGGUAGGCUCUUAGGUAAGACUACCAAGACUACAGGACUACCGCCGGGGUUAAUUCAAAAUGUAGAUUCGGUUAAUAACAACAAUAAGCGUUUUAGCAUUGGCUAUGCCAGACGUGACAGUAUAGGGUAUGGCAAUUAUUAGACAGGCCUGACGAGAAUGGAAAAGAAUGUCACUAGAAACAAGCGGAAUAAUAAAUGCAUUAUGUGACGUCAGUUCUAUGACGCGCUAGUGUAAGAUGAAAUCAGCACAUGAGGUGACGUUAAAGGGCCCUGCAAUCACCCUGUGGGUGAGCAGAAUGCAUAAAUCCUGUGUUUUUACAUUAACUUUAAGCAGAAUAAAUUUUGUGAUAUAAUAAAUCGAAAAUUCAGCAGUAAAGACACCGGUGAAUCCAAUCAGUAAGAAAGAAAAAAAUUACCCGAUGCUCAGGUUGAACUAAAGAAGAAUUCGGUAUUCCUCUCACUCCUGAUGUUUCGCGAGUCUGCCUCCUGUAGCUCUUCUGAUUUAUCAACUAUUCUCUAGUCAUCUUGCUUGUUCAAGUAGUUACAGAUAGCCUAGGAGCUUGUGUAGUUCAUUUGCUAUUUCUCCUGCCAACUUCUUAAUUCUCGAUGCUACCGUCUGUAGUGAACGGCUUUUAUAGGUACCGGGUAAAGUCUUGUAGAAAAUUGAGUCCUGUAUCUUAUAAACUAGUAGUAGUAGACUUUGUUGUGCAAUGCAGUCACAGUAUUCUGUAGGCAGUAACCGUAAGUGGUUGUAAUUUGUAAAGUAAAAGAAUUAUAAAUAUUUUUCUCCCUCGGCAUGGUCCGGUUAAACUUAACUGUUGCGGUGUAAUGUUCUAGCGUUUGUACUGCCGCUUGGUAGUGUAAAUGUAUCAUGUUAGAUGCUAUUAUAUAUAUAUAUAUAACUUGGUUUUGAUAGAGCUGGACUCUUAUAGAUAUUAGUAUCUCUUUUCUUAUCAUAAUUUUUCUGCGGUAUCGCUCCAAGCAAGGAUCGUAUUUUUUUCUAGAUGUUUUCAGGUAUAUUCAAGGAAAUAUACCUGUAGGUAAAGUUUUUUUUUUCUCAUAGUAUGUCUCAGUAAGUUGUUACAUAAAUAUAUAACGCUCCCCUAAAGAACUUCUAUACUAAAGUUCCCUCAACUUUUUCUCUUAUUUUUCUCCACUUCAUAUUUUUCCUCCUCUGUAAGGUAGAUGCUUUUGUUGAUGCCUCUUCCCUCAUGUAUUUUUUCUCUAUUGAUUAGUUCUUGCACAUGCCACUCUCGCCACUUGGAGGUACUUCCCUCCAUGCUAUGCUGUCGAAGUCUGUGGUAUGCAUAUGGGUUAAAGAGUUCAACUGAUCUUUUCUUGUUUUUAAGUGCACCUUUAAAAAUCCUAUGCGUGUCCAUAGCAUAUCCAGAUUUCUUCAUCGUGCAUCCACAAGCAUGUAUUCAUGCAUGACCUUAUUUCUGUCUCCCUUUCCCCCCUUUCUCCCUGAUCA